AUGGCAAUGAAGAUGGAAAUAGUUGAAAUAUCAUCCGACGAGGAGGAUGUUCAAAUCCCACCACCACCAUCUCAAUCCCACUUUGCCAAAUUCGAAGACUUCACGCCCGAUGAUGCCGCGCCGUUCGAGGACGAGUUUGCUCGCCUCGCCGCCUCUCAGGAGUGGGUGCCCGGCUCGCAGGAGUACAAAAAGGAGCGUACCAUUGCCAUGCGCGCUGAAAUCAAGUCGCACUUCUUCUCGCAGGAACCCCUCGCGCCCAUCACCGAGGAGGACGAGCUCCGGGGCUACCAGUCGCUCUGCGAGGAGGUCGACCUGCCGCCCUACGACACCACCGAGGAGUGCAAGCGGGAGCUGAAGAAGACCCUGGUCAACAUCGUGGAUCUGAUUGACACGCGGCGGACCAACAGGAAGGUCAAGGUCUGGCAGGAUUUCCAGGCGUUUCGGGAGUACACGCUGCAGGACGGGCACACAAUCAGUAGGGAAGAGGCCAGUAAGGACGGCGGCUACCUGGAGUCUCUGCUGCAGCAUCUCGGUGGAGGACGUCGAAGACGAAGACGCAGCGGUAGGGGGGUGGGAAAUCUCGAAAGAGGCAAUGUAUCGGCAGGUAUCGUGAAGAGGGAGCAGCUUCCUGAAGGAGGCAACGCGUCAGCAAUUGUCGGGAAGAGUCAGCAGAGCCCUCAAGGAGGCAGGGUAUCAGGUCGUGUCGUGAAGAGGAAACGAGAUCGCAAACGAGGCAAAGCAUCGGGACCUAUGGUGAAGAGAGAGCAACGUUUGGACGGAGGCGAGACAUCGGAACAUAUGGUGAAGAGAGAGCGCCCUUCCGAAGCAGGCGGGAGAUUGCAAACUCUCGUGAAGAUAGAGCAAGAGUGA